UUGGUUAAGCGUCAGUUGCACGCAGCGCGCCGCGGGGGACGGACGUCCUUGUGUUUUAUUUCCCUUCGCGAUGACCACUAAACCGAGUUUGGAGUCGGAUUGGGCGCGAGCUCCUCCGCCCUCGGGCCCGGCGUGGAGGCAGAUCGCCCACGCUUUGUACAACCCGGAGGAGAAAAGCUUCUUAGGGCGGACGCCCAAGCGGUGGGGAAUCGUCCUGGUGUUCUACUCGGUGUUCUACGCGGUGCUGGCCCUGAUGUUCGCGGCCUGCAUGGGAGGACUGUUCAUGACGCUGGACUACCGGACCCCCACCUACACCCUCGAGAAGUCACUCAUAGGAAAUAAUCCAGGAGUAGCAGCGCGACCGCGACCGACAGAUGGCGGCGCGGUCGUCCGGUACGACAGCGACAACUCAACGGGGGUCGAUGCUUACGUCAAACAGCUAAAUGAGUUCUUUGGGUCGGUUCAGCUUGCGAAAAUGAUUCCGUCGGAGGAGUGCACCGCCCAAGACAACUUCGGCUAUCCUGACACUCCCUGCAUGUUCAUCAAGCUCAAUAAGAUCAUAGGCUGGAAACCAGACUGCUACAACGACGCAGUCAAUCUACCCGCAGACAUGCCUGAAGAUCUGAAGGACUACAUCAAGACUUUAGACUCUUCAAAACUCAAUCAGAUAUGGGUGUCAUGUUGGGAAGAAAAGUCGAACACCACCAGCAUAGAGUACCCGUGGGGGCGAGGACUGUCUGCAAACCACUACCCGUAUACCAACGAGGACGGCUACCGGAGCCCUGUGGUCGCAAUCAAGUUGACUGCACCAGUGAACACAGCCGUGGUGGUUCGGUGCCGGGUGUGGGCGAAGAACGUGGUCUACAAGAAGAGCCUCAAAGAGCCGUCGGGCUACACGCGCAUCCAGCUGUACAUUGAAGACGGCGAGACCACAGAAGCGCCCGCAGCCGACAACUAAGCCAGCAAUGGAAACGGGUUUUAACAAUAGUGCGGUUCUUGCAACUCACCACUCAUUAAACUUUAGGGAUUCUUAUAAGUUAGGUCGUUCGUUCCAGUUUAAAAAAUCAACAAACUCAGUGCGCAUUCAUAUAGGACGGUGGUCCGUUUUACAUGUACAGGCUGUACUUUACAGAAUUUGGAAUACAGUAGGUAUAUUACCUACGCAAUCGCUGAAUAAAAACGUAUACGAUAAAGUGUGAAUGCGUAUUUAUGUGGAGAUACCUACAAUCUUGCACAGCACAUGAGUUGCAAAAAUCUUAAUAGAGAUUUGAACAUUUUUAUUGUUGAAGUUUCGAUAAUUUUGUACGGAAAUGAUCACUAGAAGGAACUUAUGUGUGUGUGGGUUUUAUGAUAAAAUAUCCAAAAAUCAACAAUAAAAAGUAGUUAAGGAAGUAAUCUCAAUAUUCGUUUAAUGUUUUUGAACAUAAAAAGUUAAAACAGUUUAAUGCAUGAAUCAAUUAUAAAUUGUAAGAUGGGAGAUGUAAUGAUCGAAAGAGUACAGUUUUGAAUAUGUUUGUCUGUACAUAGUAUGUACUACGUAUCAUUUCUUUGUCAAAUUAUUGAUAUUAAAUUUUAUGAAUGGAGAGCAGAAUCUCUGAAAAAUAUAUUGAAUGUCUUCAUGAUUUUUUUAUUUAUAAUAUGCAUUUGUGAAAAUAGGGAGCUUUAGUUAGAAACUUACCUACAACAGUUUUAUUUCUAUAUAAGCUUACUAAAACUUUAGAAAGGUUCUCUGGAUCUAGAAUUUUUGCAAGUGAGACAAUUAGGAUAAGUAUGAAAUAUUUUAUCCCACCACUGAGCUAGUUUUAGAACAUAGAUGUUAAUUUAGUUGUACUUACACAAAUGUCGGUUUAUUAAUUAAAAGAGCUUUAAUAUUUUGAAUUGAAAUAUUGAUCUUUUGUAAUUUAGCCAUUUUAGUUUGUUAAAAAUUAAUAAAAAUAUCGUGUGACGAAAAUAUUGUAAUUGUUGAAUUAUUGAAGAAAAAUAUGUUUUCUAUUUAAUCAAAAAUAAUUUUUAUAUGUAAUCCUGAAAUUAGUGCCUUCUAAGAAGUAAAGUGUAAUAAUAUUAAAGUAAACUGAAUCUGUUUUAUAUCCGAACCUGAAAUUAGUACAAAUAAUGAAAUAUGGUAUGUACCUAUUAGACAUUGUUACAUUAAAAAUAAAAUAAAUGUUCAACUUAA